AAGUAAGUAAGGACAAGCCUGGCAACCAUCGUUUGGUCGCUAUGAGCCAUGGAUGACGCCGACCCAGAACUGCAGGCCGCCCUCGCCCUGUCGCGGGCCGAGCUCCCGGCGCCCAGGCAUGAGGACGAGCUGGAACGCGCCAUUGCGGCUUCUCUGCUGGAGGCAGCGCCGGAGCGUACCCCCUCGCACGCCUCAGAGGAUGUACUUCGAGCGCUGCAGCUGUCGCAGGAGGAGAGCACACAAAGGACCAGAAGAGGAGGGACCUGCUGCGAAAGCAGGAGAGGACGACUCCGAGCUUUUUCAGGCGGCGCUGCGUGCCAGCCGGGUGGACCUGGGGCCCAGAGGCAUCUCCCAGGCGGCGAAGAUCAUGGCCACAGGGGAUGAGAAGUUGGGCCAACAAGCGCUCGCCAAGCCGAAAUGUGCUUCGAGGCAGAGCUCCCGUGGCUUCAAGCCCGACGACUCCCCAGGCGGCUCCAGCCCGGCGAGUGCCAGAAGCGCCUCCAGCCCGGCGAGCGCCAUGCUGCCCAAGCGCGCAGGCGCGAGCGCCGCACUGCGCGAUACCGGCAAAGCUCUGGCGCGGAAGUGACCCGAGAA